GACAAAAAGGAAGGGAAAACAAACGCGUGUUGAGUGGAUGAGAUGGCUCUGCGGUGGGUGAUCACGGUGUCCUCCCCUUGUUCUUCGCAAUCGCAUCCAGCACCAGAUGCGGUGCUUCCAAAGUUUUCCUGCUACAAGACCCUCCACCAAUCGCACCGCACCUUCACCUCUCCCCUUCAUUCAACGAACCGCUUCUCGUUACCUGGCAACGCCUUCAGAUCUCCUGCUAGGAUAAGGAUUUCCCCCUUUCGCUGCUUCGCUUCUGCUUUAACUCCUCAACUAAAGAAUACAUUGGAUACAGUGGUGACAUCGAACAAGGUUGUCCUUUUCAUGAAAGGAACAAGGGACUUCCCACAGUGUGGGUUUUCCAAUACCGUGGUGCAAAUUUUGAACUCUUUGAAUGUUCCUUUUGAAACGAUAAACAUUCUCGAGAAUGAACUUCUACGUCAGGCUUUGAAGGAGUAUUCCAGCUGGCCUACCUUCCCUCAACUUUACAUUGAAGGAGAGUUUUUCGGUGGUUGCGACAUCACAGUCGAGGCAUAUAAAAAUGGGCAAUUGCAGGAACAAUUGGAAAAGGUGAUGUGCUCCUGAUACUUAUCUGCAUUGAAAAAUAGUUGUAUUUGUUCAGAAUUAGAUGAUAAAUUAUUGUCUGGUGAUCUUUUCUGUGGUUUGUGUUGGUCUUGCAUUGGAAUUAUACAAUUUGUUGUUUGAAUAGAAAAGAUUCGAAUGGCAUAUUUAUCUCUCUACUUUUUCU